GGAACAAGCUACUGAGAAACCAGCUGCUGGAGGAGAAACACCCGAGGAACAAGCUACUGAGAAACCAGCUGCUGGAGAAGAAAUGCCUGAGGAAUCAGUCACUGAGAAACCAGUUACUGGAGAAGAGGUACCUGAGGAACCAGUCACUGAGAAACCAAUUGCCGGUGUAGGGGAACCUGAGGAACAAGUCACUGAGAAACCAGCUACUGGAGAAGAAAUGCCUGAAGAACAAGCAACUGAGAAAGUAAUUUCUGAAGAACAAGCACCCGAGGAGCAAAUGACUGAGAAAUCAGUUUCUGGAGAGGAACAAGCUCCAACUACUGCAAAGGCUACGGAAAGUGAAGAGGAAGGUACAUCGCAAAUGCCAGUGAGCGAAGAAGCCAGUGAGAAACCUGUCACGGAGGAAGUUCUGAAGGAAACAGCUGCACCUGAAGUUGAAACUGCACCAGUAACUGAAGAGGGCGAAAAACCAACGGAAAGCACUUUAAUGGUAGAAGUUCAUCCUACAGUAGUUUCUGCUGAAGAAGCGAAACCAACAGAAGAGGAAUCUUCCGAGCAACCAUCUAUUGAACAGACAGAAGGACCUUUGAUCAAAGAACCAUCGACUGUCGGCGGUGAAGAGGAACAAAAGACGGAGAAGCCAAUGAAAGAAGAAGCGCAAACUGAAGCAUCAAUGGCUGAGGUGCCACUAACAGAGGAGUCAGUUACUGAAGCGGGUGCGGAGAAACAAGAAACUCAGGCUCCACUCGAGGAACAAAGACCAACUAAGCCUUCUGAGCGUAAAGAGGAUGAACAGGGUGUGGAGAAACAACCGGAGGUAGAACAAAAACCGGAAGGCACUCAGGAGCCAUCUCUUGAAGGAGAGAAGCCAACUGAAAAGCCUACAGAAGGAGAACCAGUAACUGAGAUGGCCGCUGAAGGAGAGACGCCUAGUGAAGAACAGAAAACUGAGAAACCUGCCGAGGAAGAAAGGCCAACGGAAGAACCUGCUGAAGCGGAGAAACCAACUAAGGGAGCUGCGGAGGAAGAAAAACCAACUGAAGGUCCAGUCGAAGAAGAAAAGCCAACUGAAGGAGCUGCUGAGGAAGGAAGACCAACUGAAGGACCUGCCGAAGCAGAAAAGCCAACAGAA